GGAGAAUUUCUUCUGUUUGCAUCGCACUGGCAAUGGAGCCAGAAUUUGUGGAUCAUUUUAGUUUUUAAAACUUGCAGUAUUAGCUGUAUUAUUACACCAAACACAGUAAAACAUGCACCGCUGCAUGUUAAGGUUUGCUGAGCAGCACUGGCAGGGUUCAGUCCGCUGUAUGAGCUCCACGGUCGGGAAGAGGAGAGCUCUACGUGGCCUCUUCCCAGUGCUGGACCUGCCUCUGCAGCCCAUCCAGCGUCACGUGUAUGAAGCAAACCUGAGAAACAGCAUCGCCUGCCAUAAGAAGUACACAGAGUUCAGGGAGAAGGUAAGGAAAGGGGGAGGGGAGAACGCCAUAUCCAGACACACUCAGAGAAACAGGAAGUUGCUGGUUAGUGAUCGGCUGAAGCUCCUGUUGGAUGACGAGGAAUUCCUGGAGCUCUCGCCAUUUGCUGGUUUGGGUCUGGCAUACGGGGACAUCCCUUCAGCUGGCUGUCUGACCGGCAUCGGCAGGAUCAAUGGGCUAUGGUGCGUGUUUAUUGCCAACGAUGCAACUGUGAAAGGUGGCACAGCGUAUCCAAUCACAGUGAAGAAGCAACUACGAGCACAAGAAAUAGCAAUCCAGAACCGCCUGCCUUGUGUCUACCUGGUCGACUCUGGCGGAGCUUUUCUACCACUGCAGUCAGAGAUCUUUCCUGACAAGAACCAGGGCGGAAGGACAUUCUACAAUGAAGCCAUCAUGUCUGCCAUGAAGAUCCCCCAGGUGGCGGUUGUUUGCGGCUCGUGCACAGCGGGUGGAGCUUACAUCCCUACAAUGGCGGAGGAGACGGUCAUGGUGCACCGGAUAGGAACCAUUUUCCUGGGAGGACCUCCACUCGUGAAAGCUGCUACAGGAGAGGAGGUGACACCAGAAGACCUGGGAGGAGCCAGGCUUCACGCCGAGGUGAGUGGGGGUGUGGACCACUUUGCGUGGGAGGAAAAGGAGGCGUUCACUUACACUAGAAACAUCAUAUCCACCCUCAAUUUCCAACUGCCUGAGGAAGAGGAGGAUAUGACGAAGAGGAAAGCAGAAGAGGAGCCGCUUUACAGCUCAGAGGAGCUGCUGGGUCUCGCUCCUCAGAGUUACACAUACAGCCUGGAUGUUAAAAUGAUAAUCAGUCGGCUGACAGAUGGGAGCUGCUUCCAGGAGUUUAAAGCUCGCUAUGGAACCACUCUCGUCACUGGCUUUGCAAAGAUACAUGGCAACCUGGUGGGAAUAGUAGCCAACAACGGAGAGCUUUCAAACAAGGCUGCACUGAAAGGAACCCAUUUCAUCCAGCUGUGUGAUCAGAGAGACGUCCCACUCGUCUUCCUCCAGAACACGGCUCCCGCAGCACCACUAACACUGUCCACGGAGCAGGCAGAGAUGAACAGUAAUCGUCUGAAGGCUCAGGGUUCGAUGAUGUCAGCCGUAGCAUGUGCCGCUGUCCCUAAAAUCACCGUGGUGAUUGGUGGUUGCCAUGGCGCCGACAGCUAUGCUAUGUGCGGACGGGCAUUUGACCCCAACUUCCUGUUCCUGUGGCCCAACGCCAGAGUGUCCAUGACGGCUCCGGGUCACGCUGCCUCUCUGCUUUCUCCCGAUGAUGAGCAGGAGGGCGAGCAGAAGAAGCAGGAGGAGAAGCUGAACAGGAGGUUGGAGGAGGAAAGCUCGGCUUUCUUUUCCUCCGGGAGGAUGUGGGACGAUGGAGUCAUUCUGCCACAGCACACCAGAAAGGUUCUCAGUGACUCUCUGGACAUCAUCAAACAGCAGCAGUAUCAGCUGUCUGCAGAGAAGCUUCGGCCAACGCUUCUACGUAUUUAAAAGUUCCUCCGUCCUCUUCACUCGUCCAGGAGUUUCUAUGUUUAAUUCAGAUUUGGAUGCAGAUUUUUUCUUUUUUUUUGAUUCAUAAUAAUACAUCUUUUCAGCUGGACUGGAAGCAGCUCUUCAGAAAUGAGGACUGUCUUAUCCACAUGCAAGUGACUCAUUUUAAACAGUUUCUUGCACACAAGCUUCAAAAACUCUGUUAACAUGAACUCUCACAGACAGCUGAAAUAUUUAUAUUUACUGACUCUUAGCGUUGGUACCAUAAAGACCUUUUGGAAAGGAUUUUUUACACAGAUAAUCAGGUGAACAUGUCGUAUUUUAUCUAUUAUGUCCAAACAUCAGAGAAAAUCCUGGAAAAUGUUCCAAAAGUGCCUCAUCAGAGUUAGUUUUUCUUCCUUGUCCACUGUGCUGUUUACAGAAGGUUAACAAGAUUGCUAUUUGCUCAACUUUAACAAGCACAUCGACAUCCAGAGCUACAAAGACUUGACACUUUACAUGAGGCUUUAAUGCCUGCAGCCCAGUGGUCUGUUUUAGUUAAGUGGCCUUAAACCAGUUUGGUAGGGUUUUGAUUUUUUUUUCUCCUUCUAUUAAGAUACAAAUAAAUAAUUAAAUCACAAUAUUUGGCAUCUAAAAGCCCUGUAGAGGAGCUGUAACGUGUAGCACUGUCAUUCUGUACGUACAAAUGUAAAUUAAUUGUUGUAAUAUUGUUUAUUUGUAUAAAAGAACAAAUUUAAAUGGA